AGCUUCCAAGUUCAACGUCGUGCCAUUCUCUCCAUUGGCACAACGCAGGAAAAAAAGGAAAAACGGGACAAGCAAUGGAUCCGGACCCGUGGGCAGAUGCCGCCCCGUCACAGGGCGCCUCCGAGGAGGCCGCCUCUGCCUCGAGUCCCACCGGCAAACCGGCCCCUGGAGCACCCGCCAGCUCCAGCUCCGCCGCCGCCCGGCCGUCCCGCAACACGCCGCGCCGCCUAGUCGCCCAGCCCACGCGCCUCCAGGCAGUCGAGGAUGACCCCCUGGGGCCCCUCGGGGCCGCCGCAGCCGCCGCAGCCGCCCCCGACAGCCUCCCCCAGCUGGAAGGGGCGCCGCCCGCUCCCCCGCAGAAGGAGCAGCUGCCCAUCCGGACGACCAUGUCCCACCACCAUCCCGCAUCAGCGGCGGCGGCGGCGGCGAGUCGGGCCGGGCCGGCGGACCCCCAUCACAUCGACGACGAUGACGACGAUGAUUACGGUUCCACAGCUCCCGGUCCAAGGCACCCGCCGCCCGUCCAGGCGGCGCUGCCGAGCCCCGUCAGGAGCAGCGUGCAGCCCGGAGUGAGCAUCGAGCGGGCGGCUAAGCCGAGCUUCCAGAUCACGGUGGGCGACCCGCACAAGGUUGGGGAUCUGACGAGCUCGCAUAUUGUCUACUCGGUGCGGACGAAGACGACGUCGAAGGCGUUCAAGCAGCCCGAGUUCGAGGUCAAGCGCAGAUACCGGGAUUUCCUGUGGCUCUACAAUACCCUGCACGGCAACAAUCCCGGCGUUGUCGUCCCGCCCCCUCCUGACAAGCAGGCUGUGGGCCGGUUCGAGAGCAAUUUUGUCGAGUCCCGCCGGGCCGCGCUCGAGAAGAUGCUAAACAAGACUGCGGCACAUCCGACCCUGCAACAUGAUCCGGACGUGAAGCUGUUCUUGGAGAGCGAGACUUUCAACAUCGAUGUCAAGCACAAGGAGAGGAGGGAGCCCAAUCUCGGGGAGAGCAAGGGGAUGCUCAGCACGUUCGGGAUCAACGUUGGGAGCAGCAGCAAGUUUGUCGAGCAGGACGACUGGUUCCAUGACCGCAGAGUGUACCUCGACGCACUGGAAAACCAGCUCAAGGGGCUCCAAAAGGGAAUCGAUACCAUGGUUGCUCAGCGCAAGGCCAUGGCCGAGGCAGCGGGUGACUUCUCGGCAUCCCUCCACGCGCUCUCGACGGUCGAGCUCUCGCCAAGCCUUUCGGGCCCUCUCGACGCCCUCUCGGAGCUGCAGCUGACCAUCCGCGACGUCUACGACCGCCAGGCGCAGCAGGACGUGCUUACAUUUGGCAUUGUCAUCGAGGAGUACAUCCGGCUAAUCGGCAGCGUCAAGCAGGCCUUCUCGCAGCGCCAGAAGGCCUUCUACGCCUGGAGCACGGCCGAGUCGGAGCUGCAGAAGCGCAAGGCCAGCCAGGACAAGCUGCUCCGCCAGGGCAAGUCGCAGCAGGACCGCCUCAGCCAGGUCAGCGCCGAGGUGGGCGAUGCGGAGCGAAAGGUCCACCAGGCGAGGCUGCUCUUCGAGGACAUGGGCCGGCUCAUGCGCACGGAGCUGGACCGGUUCGAGAGGGAGAAGGUCGAGGACUUCAAGUCGGGAGUCGAGACUUUCUUGGAGGGCGCUGUUGAGGCGCAGAAGGAGUUGAUCGAGAAGUGGGAGACGUUCCUCAUGCAGCUGGAUGCCGAGGAUGACGAGACGGUCUUCUACCGUCCGCCCGUCAUCCAAUCCUCUAACAAGCGAGUCGGCAACACUGCCGUUGACAGGGCUCGAGCACGUAUCGAUGAGGAUUCCGACUGAAGUAAUCGCGAGCGAAUAGCGCGUGGACUCAACGCCUUUGUGGGUGACUAGACAGGCAGGCAAGCCUUUUUCGAGGAGGACACUGAAUGAGCCAGGAACUCGGGUUGGGAGUCUCAUCACUGAACGCCCGUUUCUGGUUGUUGCUGCGAUUACGCCCGGUAUUUUGUACAUUACAUAGCAGAUGCGCCAUCGCAUCGACAUAUCAAUACAAGCUCUCCCUGGGCUAGAACGGCCAAGCCCCUCUAAGCCGCCCCCAAUAGAUAGCAC